AUGACGUCCUCCAAAGCCACAACGAAGGAAAAAAGAACAAAACCAUGCUGUAACUGCAAACGAUCCAAAGUAAAAUGUGUUUAUGAAGGCUUUUUGCCAUGUCAGCGAUGCCUUAAAACAGGUCAAGCAGCGACUUGUCAGUUUGUUCAUAAACUUCCUUCAUUGAAACUACCGUCAUUGGAUUCAAAAGCGCCUACUGUGCACUCGGUUGCGCCUAUAUCACUCAAUCCUGUUAAUUCCACAAGUGUCUCGAAACCACAAGUAUCAAACAUGACAACAUUGCUUCCAAGUCGAGCUACGUUCAACUCACCGCCUUUCAAAGAGGGCUUGUCCCCAAUCCCGUCAAAUAAUUAUUUGCCAUCAGAUAGAUUAUCACGUAAUGACAUUCAAUGGAAGUCAGAUAUUGAACAACGUUUAAAUUCAUUCGACACCAAAAUAGAUUCUUUAGUAGAUUUAUUAAAGCUGAAUCAUCAGCAACAGAUAGGUGGCCAUACAAUACAUAAAAUAGAAUCGCAUUAUGGAUCUGAUCAUUCCCAAUCACCAAAAGUUGCAACUAAUGGUACUCGUUAUCAGGAACUCCUUUCUACCAGUUCGAUGAAUCGAGCAUAUGACCAAGGCUCUAAACGACAAAAAAUAGGGGACUAUACCGAUAUCAAAGAGGGUGGUAUCAAUGACGAGCACAAUAUAUCACCACCGCAUGAUUUUCGAGAUGGUUUUCUCUCGAAAGGAGAAGCCAAAGAUCUUUUCAAGUUUUUUGAUUCUAACAUAGCUCAACAAUUGUUUGGUUUUGAAAUAUCAAAAUUCCUGGUUGAUGAUAUUUGGGAGACGUGUCCCGUACUUGUAUGCGCUAUUUCAACGAUUGCAUCUAUCCACCACCCUCAACUUUCUUUUAAAUCGUCACAAUUACUGGUUUACUUGCGAGAUAUAUGCGGUACCCUAUUUCAUAAGAACAAGCCAACUGAUAAACCAAGCGCUUUCAACACAAUAGUUGCUUUAGUGCUAUGCAGUUUUUGGCUAUCUGAUUCCCAAAUGUUUACAGGAUUGGCACUACAAAUUGCCAAAGAGUAUGGGUUGAAUAAUCCCAAUUGUGGAAGGAAUCGUGACGAUUUGAAACUUUGGUACUUGUUGUACGUAUUGGAUGGCCAACAAAGUAUGGCAUUCAACCGGCAGCCAUUGGUUAGCUCGCAAGAAUAUUCUUUGAAGCACAGCCGAGAGCUUCUCAUUAGUGAAGAUGAAAGAAAACUUUCCGAGACAAAGAAACAGUUGAGGCGGAAGAUUGAACCAAAUUCUAAUGUGAAAAAAGCUCCCACAGAAGAGGAUCUCCACAAUAAGUUGAUGAAGCAGAAAUUUACAGAUCUAAGAUUGGUUUCACAAGUGGAAUACAAUCAAGCAUUGAGCGAAGCCUUUCGUGGCGAUGCGUGGGAUUUGCUAAUGCCAUCCUCGUUUGGAAUCCCCUCUAAGAGUAAUCUUGAGCUAGAUAAGUGGAUGGUUUCUUGGACAGUAUUGCUAGCACCUUGCAAUAAUGGCGCCGUGUGGUCGACGAAAAGCACCUUGAUUUAUUACAAUUUUGCAAAAAUGCAUAUAAAUUCAUCAGCUGUUAGACAGCUUUCGAUGAAUCCCAAUGAUGGUGGCUUAUUCCCAGCUUGGGAUAAAAGUGUUGAAAAAGGGAUGACUCAAACACAAAAGAGCACGCAAAUUGAAGAAUGCAUUGACAGUGAGGACGACUCCGACUCCGAUUCAAAUCCGGAUGAAGAUGAGUUUAUCUCCAACAAAGGAUUGGUUUCACCUGAUGAAGCUGCAAUUAAUGCCAACAUUGCUUUGAAUGCCGCUCAUACAGUCAUAAAUUUAGUCAUCAAUGAUAAAGAUAUUCUUGAUAAUUUAAAGUAUGUCCCUGUGCACAUACAUAUAAUGUUGUACUAUGCUGCACUAUUACUCAUUAACCCCCCAUCUAAAUCAAAUAAUGCCUCGGUUACUUUAACGCCGGAGAUUCAUUAUGACAAGUUGCUUGAUAAUUUGCGAACCGUGGGUAUACUAAAACGAAAAAUAUACUCUAAUUUACCCAUUGAUUCCAACUUUGGGUCCCGAUUUAUCAAGAGUUUGGAGAAGGUGGAAGGGGAGAAGCUAGCUGAAAUCAAAGAUUAUGUUUCCACCCUUGAUGAUCAAGACUUGAGAUACACGUUUGAGAGAAAAGUGAAUUCCUUAAUUGAAACUAGCGUUAAUAUUACUGAGUUGACUGAGUUUAAUGAGAGUGGGGAGAGCAGUAGAGCGAGCACCCCGAGGGCGGAAAAGAUUAGCGCCUGGCCUGGGUCCCAUCAUGGGCAUCCGUAA